AUGGUGCUCGCCGCCACCAUGGCUUUCGUGCUCAGCAACAUGGGCAAGGUGGAUAUGAGCGUGGCCAUGGUGCCGCUGGCGGAGGAGGCCGGCUGGGGGCCGUCGACGCAGGGGCUGGUGCAGGGGAUCUUCUACGUGGGCUACUGCCUGGCCUGCAUCCCUGGGGGGUACCUCGCGUCUCUCACGGGCGGCCGCACCGUGCUGCCGCUGGCUCUUGGCCUGUGGUCGGCCGCGACGGUGGCGGUGCCGCUGGCGGCGGCCACUGUCCCCACAAUGGCCCUCUCUCGGUUCACCAUCGGCGCCGGCCAGGGCACGGGCCCCAGCGCCGUCGUCGACAUCGUCGGCCGCACCACGCCCCCGGAGAAGCGCUCCAACGCGACCAGCAGCGCGUUUGGCGGGCUGCACCUGGGCACGGUGGUGGGGCUGCUGGUGGCGCCGGCGAUCGUGGACUCGCUCGGGUGGCGGGCGCUGUUCUACAUCUAUGGCGGCCUGGUGAGUGCGUAA